AUGUUCACUCGCAUCUCCGUCGUCGUCUUCUCCGCUGUUGUGGCCAUCGCCGCCACGACCUCUCUCAAAGUCGCCCGAGACACUCUUCCCAACGGCGAACAGUGCAGGAACGGGACCUCGGUCUGGUGCUGCCCCGGUUAUGAUGGCGAGAUCGAGCAGGUCGAGGUGAAUUGCACGAAGCCUGCCACCACUGCAAGCGAUGAGCCGUCGUGUAACAGCACGGACAGCAGCACCGAGCUUGUCGCACCUACCGCCGGCUGCUGUAUCCUAGUCGAUGAUGCUGACCAUAUAAAGGUGCUAAUUCAAGCGACUAAUAGUACGGCGAAGCCUGGGCUUGCGACAAUGGCAGCAGCAACAAUACAGCGUUGGACCAGGCCCUCGGAGAUGCAGGCUAUUGAUAUGGUCUCCAUGUCGUGGUGA